AUGAGUGGAGUUUUGAUUAUUGGAUCUGGCGGGAGAGAGCAUGCUUUGGCAUGGAAAUUGUUACAGAGUGAAAGUGUGAACAAAGUGAGAAUCGUUCCAGGGAAUGGAAGCCCGUUCGGAUUUGUUGACCUUGACAUUGAUGAUCCAGAAGCAAUUCUUGCCUUUUGUGCCCUUGAAGGAAUUGAAAUGGUUGUGAUCGGUCCAGAGAUUCCCCUUGCAAAAGGACUUGUUGAUCGUCUUCAAGGUCGGAUCGCUGUUUUUGGCCCUACUCAAGAUGCUGCUAUGUUGGAGAUUUCGAAAUCUUUUGCAAAAAAGUUCAUGCGCGAGAUUGAUUUGCCAACUGCACUUUAUGGUGAAUUUGAAGACCUUGAAGAAGCUAGUAAAUUUAUUGAAAGUUGUAAUUGGGAUGGAAUUGUGGUUAAAGCGGAUGGAUUGGCGGCUGGGAAAGGGGUGAUUGUGUGCUCGAGUAAAGAAGAAGCAAAAGAAGCUGCGAAGAAUAUGCUGCAGGGAGAGUUUGGUUCAAGUGGUUCUAAAAUCAUCUUGGAAGAGCGAUUGGAUGGUUAUGAAGUUUCCGCGCUCUGUUUUGCUGAUGGGGCCACUAUCUCUAGAAUGCCUUUGGUUAGAGAUUACAAGAGACUUCUUGAAAAUGAUGCAGGACCAAAUACUGGAGGAAUGGGUGCGAUCGGUCCUGUGUCGGUUCCAAAAGUGAUUGACGAGCAAAUAUCCGAAUAUCUCAUCAAUACUAUCAAGGGAUUACAAAAACAACGAAUGUUUUAUAAAGGCGUUUUGUACGCGGGGUUUAUGAUCACUUCAAAAGGACCAUACAUUCUCGAGUACAAUUGUCGAUUUGGUGACCCUGAAACCGAGAUUUUGAUGAGACUUCUUGACACGGAUCUCUAUCAAAUUCUGCACGCAUGCGUUCAUGGAUCACUUGACAUUUUGAUGAUUAAUUGGAAAAGAGAAUUUGCUUGUGGAGUUGUCCUUUCAUCUAAAGAUUAUCCAGCCAAAGGUGACAAGGGAACCAAAAUAAGAAACAUUCCAUUAGAAACAAAAGAGACCGUAACUUUUCAUGCAGGAACAGCUUUAAAAGACAAUCACAUAAUCACAAAUGGCGGUCGAAUCCUUUGUGUGACAUCUUUGGGAAAAACACUGGAAGAAGCACGAAAAAAAGCUUUGUCUGUUUGUGAUCAGAUUGAGUUUGAAGGGAAAUACUUUCGAAGAGAUAUUGGGAUCACAAAACCAAUCGGAAAUCCACACUACUCUCUUACAUAUGGAGACUCGGGAGUGGAUAUUCGAGAAGGGAAUCAAUUUGUGGAAGAAAUUAAAGGAUUUGUACAAGAGACACUCAAAAGCGGAACAAGUCAAAUUGGUGGUUUCGGCGCAAUAAUCGAUCUUCAAAAGUCCGAGUAUGACAAAGCGAAUCAGAUUGUCACUGGUAUCGAUGGUGUUGGUACUAAGAUUGAGAUAGCUGAUGCGAUGGAUGAUUACAGGGGAAUCGGUCAUGAUGUUGUUGGAAUGUGCGUGAAUGAUAUUCUGUGUCAUUGUGCCGCCCCUGUUGCCUUCCUUGACUAUUUUGUUUGCGGGAAGUUGAAUCGAAGACGCGCUACAGAGGUAGUCAAGAGUAUCUCGGAAGCUUGCAUUCAAGCCGAUUGUUCUCUCGUUGGUGGUGAAACGGCGGAGAUGCCUGGUGUUUAUGGGCCAAAUCAAUGGGAUCUUGCUGGAUGUGCGAUUGGAGUUCGACAACCCGAUUGGCCCCAGCUACCAGAAACUUCAAAAAUACAAGUUGGCGAUAUUGUUCUUGGAAUCAGCUCUAGCGGUCUUCACUCAAAUGGAUUCUCACUUGUGCGCAAGAUACUGCAAGCACACAAGAUUGAUUACAAAGCGACGGUUCCCUGGGGGAAUUCAAGCUUUGGGCAAGUUUUAUUGACUCCAACUAAGAUUUACGUUCGAUCGUUGCUUCUUUUGAUGAGAGGUGGAUUGAUUAAAGGAGCGGCUCAUAUAACUGGUGGAGGGAUUACAGAGAACGCGAUCAGAGUUCUUGACAGAGAGGCUGAACUGGCUUUGGACAUUGACGCCUCUUCGUGGCCAAAGGAUGAGCUUUUCAAUUGGCUGGGAUCAAUGGGACCUGUUACAACAAAGGAAAUGCUGAAAACUUUCAACUGUGGAAUUGGAAUGACUCUAGUCGUUUCAAAGGAAAGUGCUCAAUCUGUGAAAGACGCAUUGAAGAAAUGUGAUGAGAAAGUUUAUGAGAUCGGAAAAGUCGUUCGACGAACCACUGACGAUUUGAUCACCUAUCAAAAUCUCGAGAAUGCAUUUGAUUUGGCAAAAUAUUAUGUGGAAAGGAGAAGAGUUAGAGUCGGGAUACUCAUUUCGGGUGCUGGAACAAACAUGCAAAAGUUGAUCGAAAGAGCUCAAAAACCAGGCAGCAAUUCAGAAGUAGUAGUUGUCAUCUCGAAUAUAGCUGAUGCCGGGGGUCUAGAGAUAGCUCAAAAGUUAGAAGUCACAACAGCUUUCGUACCACAUACAAAAAUUCGAGAAGAGGGUGAUAUGAAAAUGUCGGAGAUCUUGCAUCUACAUGGUGUUGAGUUGAUUUGUCUAGCCGGAUACAUGCGGAUCUUAUCUGGGCAAUUUGUAAAAGAAUGGGAGAACAAAAUGAUCAACAUUCAUCCGGCAUUACUUCCAGCUUUCAGGGGCGGCCAUGCUGUUCGAGAAACCAUCGCUGCCGGUGUCAAAGUCACCGGAUGCACAGCUCAUCUCGUCGUGGAGGAAGUUGAUGCUGGCCAGAUCAUUGCCCAGGAAGUGGUCCGUGUAGAAGCUGGAGAUACUGAAGAAACUCUCCAUGAAAGAAUUAAGGAAAAAGAGCAUACACUUUUUCCCGAUGCGAUGGAGUUAAUGUCGGUACAGCUGCUCGAAAAUAAA